AAAUUUUUUUUUUUGGAGAAUCAUAUAAAAACGAAUUAGACAAGUAGCAGAGAGAAUCUGCAACAUGACGGUGAGGUUAAACAGUAGUGUACAUUGCAUAUUAUCAAAUUAGUGAAUUCUCUCUGGUCAGUGUAUUGUUCACACACACAAGCACACUCAUAUAUAAACACAUAUGCACACUGUCACUAAUGCUUCUCUCUCUACCUCUCUUUCUUUUUCCUCUCUCCUCUCUUUCUAUUUUCCUAUAUAUUGACAAGCUUGCGAUCUUUCUUCGCAAGAUCUGUCUGAAACAGUGAGGGGAGGAUCCUAGGUUUCAGAGAGCAAAGUAAAAAUAUGUCUCCACUCAAGUACUUGUGUUUUAGAAAGGUAGUCUUGUUUCUCUAUUUCUUUCUCUUCUUCUUCUCUUGCUCUUCUUUCUUUGCCUCAUCAGAAACCUCUGUUCACGAUGAGCUACAACGAACACAACCCUUAGAUCCACAUUUCCGAGUGAGGAGAUUGUUGGUGAAAGAUCUGGAUUCAAAUGGCGGUGAAGAUGAUGAUGAAACCAUUCUUCCUCCUCCUCCUAAGAAGAAGAAGCUUACUGCUUCUGUUUCAUCAUCAACAACAUCUAGUGCCAAGAAGAAUCAAACCAAGCUCAUUAAACCCAUCUCAUCUUCUUCUUCUUCCACCAAGAACCAAACUAAACUCGCCAAGACCUCCAUGGGUACGUCUCACAAACUUAACUCCACCAAAUCUUCUUCUAACACAACCAAGACCAGCUCCGAGCUCAAGAAGCUCAAUUCCGGAUCAAAAUCCACAAAUUCCGGAACCAAAUCCACAAAUUCCACAAAACCCGUUACUUCUUCGAUCAAGAAAUCAGCAGAUCUGUCCAAAUCAAGCUCAUCCAAAAACAAAACCACCACCAAGUCCCCAAGUUCCAAGCUUUCUUCACCUCUCUCAGAGAAGAAAACACCAUCCUCAAAAACAGUGACCAAAUCGAAACCAAUCGAGAAAGAAAUCAAACCAUUCUGGCUCGACGACGAGGAAGACGAAGAUUUCGUCAGCGAAUUCAGAGAUCUACCAACCAAAUUCCAAAGAUCCCUGAUCCCAGACCUAGAGCGAAUCUCAACCACAUCCAAGAACUACAUCAACAAAGCCAACAAAGAGAUCACCAAAAACUUCAAACCCUACUUCGGCAACAAAUACGCACCAACCAUAGCUUCCGUGGUCUCCUUCGUCUUCAUCCUCGUCCCUCUGCUCCUAGUCUCCCUCAUUUUCAACAGAUUCAAAGCUUAUUUCUCACUCCAGAAGAUCCUAAUCUUCAUCCAAAUCUACCUCUCGAUCUACUUCUCAAUCCUAUGCCUCUCAUCGCUCGUCACUGGAAUCGAGCCACUCAAGUUCCUCUACGCAACGUCGAGCACCACCUACGUAUGCUUGCAGAUCCUGCAGACCCUAGGCUACGUCUUCUACCUCUUGCUUCUUCUCAUGUACCUCGUUCUCGUCUUCUCUACAGACUGUGGUUUGGGCCUCAAAGUAUUGGGCUUAGCUCAGACCUUCGUGGGCUUUGCUGUGGGUCUACAUUAUUACGUGGCGGUGUUUCAUAGGGUGGUGCUGCGUCAGCCUCCGAAGACGAACUGGAAAAUCCACGGUGUUUACGCCACGUGUUUUCUUCUGAUUUGUCUGUUGUCUAGUGCCGAGAGGAGGAAGAAAGAGUACUUGGAAGAAGGCGGUGACGAAGGAAAGAAAAAUUGAAAUUUUCCCAAAAUUUCAUAUAAAUCCAUUUUAUAUUUCUCUUUUUUUUUGUAUUUUUAUAUUUUAAAUUCAGCAAAAUUUUAGCUGAGAAAAUGCAAUAGAAAGAAAAUUACUGGUGGAUGGUUGGAAACUUU